AUGGCGCUUGGAUACUACCCCGUCGAUUGGAGCCUGCCCUGUCUCUCAAUAUCCUAUUAAGGAAGAGGCUCCCGUCUGCCAAGAUGAAGCACUACGAGGUAAGUACUGUCCAUGAAACUCUAAACCCUCAAUGGGACGCAAUGUGAGGGCCACUGUUUAAAUUUUAUUCACAUGUGUGUACAUUUAAUGACGAAAUGACGGGGCCAGGCAGCCAAGACUGGACGUGUGUGCAGCAGCCCCGCCGCUCAGGACCCCGGCUGCUCUCUGCAGCUGAGCUUAUGGCCGUAUAUUCCAACGUCCACAUUAAUCUCCAUUAUUUCUUAAAGUAUUAUUCAAGUCCCGAAAGUUGCUGUGCAUGAUUGUCUAUGAGCAGGUCGUUUACCCAUUGUAAUCUCAUUGCUGUGCGUGAAUUUUGAGAGGAUUUGUCGACGACACCGAUGACAAAGGCCAUGUCUGAGCCUCAUGGUUUAUCUAGAUUUUACCCCGUGAACGAGGUGAACAGUGCCAGUGUAAAUGACACGUAUCAUAGGCUCAUCUUUUUUUUUUUUUAUUAUCUCUUUUUAAUAUAAAAACCAAAUGCAUACGUUUAGUUUGUUAUUUUAUUUAAUUUAAAUUCUGAUCUUAAGUGCAGUUUUGUGCUUUUGCUUGAAAGUUUUGAAAGCCACCGGACAGGAUAUGAACCCACCACACAUGCAGCGCCUUCUGGUAUCUGUCAAGACAACAAAACAAAUGCAUGCACACCAAAAUCUGAUUAUUGUCUGAUUUAUGGACAUUUAAGAUUAUUUACAUGUCCACAAAAUCUGAUGUGAGUAGUCAGAGGAACCAUUAUCAGAAGGAAAUGACACGCAUUUACUGUUUGCAUGUCAUUUUAAUAGUCUCCAAAAAUCUGAUAUUAAUCACAUUUAGAAUGUGCAUGUAAUCGCAGCCACUGUGCCAUGUUUCAGACCAAGUUUAAGUUAAAUAUUUAAAAACACCUAUAUUUGUCUUAAUCAAUUGAAAAUUGAAUUAUCACAUUGAAAUAUUUAUAGUACGUUAACUGUUAAGGAAAAUAUUUAGCAAAGAUUGCAGAAACUGUUAUUACCAGUAAUCUUAGCAUUCACUAUUGACCAUGCUAACUCCUAGUACAUUCAUUAAAAUAUAAUCAUGUUCACUAAAACACAGAUGACUGACAUACCCAAAAUGAAUCUGCAUUUGGUCAGGUCCCGUCUCCUUCUGCACGGAGAGACUGGGAUACAGAAAGACACUGCCAGAUUUGCUCUUUUUAUAGCGCCACAGGGGAGGUAAACAUGGUCAGUAUGCCUUCCUGGCACAGGGCGCCCACACAACAUUAUUUGCUAUAAUAAGCAGGGGUCAAGUGUCACUGCAUGGUACCUACCCUGGGGAAUAAAGGGAAAAGUUGAUUAAUAUUUCUAUAGCACAAUUUUUAUGUUUAAAACGUUUGUACAAUCUAUGGAACCACUGUAAUGUUAGAUUCCUCCCUUUAUGUGUUUAUUUAUUAAUUCUUCUAAUUGUUUUUCUUCAUUUAAGUUUUAUUUUGUACAAUAAAUUGUAAUCUAAGUUUUGCCAUAAUUGAAUUAAUGCAUUUAUUUUCUGGUCAAAAUAAUCAAGUCAGGUCUUUUUUGUGUUUUUUUUUUUUUUCUUACAUUAUUUUCUUCAAGGUUAUUACAUGUCAUUCCAUUAUUGUUCAUGCAUCCGCAUGCAUAAUAAUAAUGAUUAUUUUUUGACUGUAUAUUUUUACAAAAGAUUUCAAAAUGAGUGUAAUCUAUGGGACUCAUUAUUGUUAGUGCAUGGAGGUUUUCCAUUGCCUUAAAUGCAUUAAAUCCUAUUACUACCACCCCCUCUCGUCUUACCACUUGUGACCACAUGUCUUUCAUUCACUGUGGAAACUGUACCCCUCUUGGCCAGUCAUUAACCGGGAGGGAACCACCAAGGGAAAUGCCCCAGAUAAGCCCUAAGUGUAAUAUCAACCCCGAAGACAACCCUUGUAUAGGUCUCCCAAAAUCUGAGCCUUUACAACUGGUGUAAAUUCUAUAAUUGUCACCUGCAGGUCUGUUUAAGAUGAGAGUCCAUGUUUCAGUGAAGUGUUAGUCUUUGAUGGUUAAUGCAAAGUUGGCAGUAGUUUUUUACAAUUAUUUGAAGUGCAAAGAUAGGAGUGAUAUCAUAAUAUAUGCCUCUUCCCACUUGGCCACAGCUGAGAUGUCAGAGGUUGUCAGGAGUUCUUUAGCUAGGAGUCACUUUUCAAAACCAACAGGGUGGAGUCGGAAACAUGCCCCCCAAUGUACCUAAUGGACAAAAUGCAAAUGAUCGGCUGUAGACAGUUGGACAUGGGGGCUUGGGCCAUUCCUGUAGACGCAACUGUGCACACAUGUGGCAUAUGUCUACGCUCCAGGGGUCGGCUGCAGUUAAAUAAAGCAGUGUGGAGGAAUGAGUGAGGGAGGGAGAGUGAGAGAUCGACAGACAGUAGGAGGAGGGAGGGCCGGCAGAUUUAUGUCCACAGCUGAGUGUACACCCACUCCUAAAACGUGGCUCUGUAGCAGACAUCCGAGAGGAGGACAGUGACGAUUGAACCGAGGGAAAAGUGAGGACAAGAAGGGCCUAAGAGGGGCAGGGGAGGACUGAGGAUAUGGAUGCUCUAGCACUAGAAGCCAGUGGGAAAAAGUUACCCAAUGGGGCGUCCCUGGUGCCCCCAACACCAACCACACCUGUCAAACGCAAACCUGCCAAAAAAACUAAAAAGGCUGUUGUUUUCUUUGAGGUGGAGAUUCUUGAUGCUAAGACUAAGGACAAGCUCUGCUUCCUGGAUAAGGUGGAGCCAAAUGCCACUAUUGGGGAGAUCAAGUCUAUGUUCCACAAGAGUCAUCCUCAGUUUUAUCCUGCCAGACAGUCAAUUCGCCUUGACCCUAAGGGGAAGUCUCUGAAGGAUGAGGAUGUCCUGCAACAUUUGCCUGUGGGAACAACAGCCACGUUCUACUUCAGAGACCUGGGGGCUCAGAUCAGCUGGGUCACAGUCUUCCUGACAGAGUACACUGGUCCACUUGUCAUUUAUCUCAUGUUCUACUUCAGAGUCCCCUUUAUUUACGCCCCUAAAUAUGACUUCACUACCAGUAAACACUGGGUUGUACACCUGGCCUGUAUGUGUCACUCUUUCCACUACGUCAAAAGACUGCUUGAAACCCUAUUUGUCCACCGCUUUUCUCAUGGCACCAUGCCACUGCGCAAUAUUUUUAAAAACUGUACAUAUUAUUGGGGCUUUGCAGCAUGGAUGGCCUACUACAUCAAUCACCCAUUGUACACACCACCCAUCUAUGGGGAGCAGCAGAUAAGAUUGGCCCUCAUUGUGUUCUUGUUCUGUCAGAUUGGCAACUUCUCCAUCCACAUUGCCUUGAGGAACCUUCGUCCACCAGGCUCAAAGACCAGGAAGAUUCCCUAUCCCACUAAAAAUCCAUUCACGUGGAUAUUUCUCUUGGUCUCUUGCCCUAACUACACUUAUGAGCUGGGCUCCUGGCUUGGCUUCACACUGAUGACACAGUGCUUGCCCGUGGCGUUCUUCACUCUGGUGGGCUUCAUCCAGAUGACUGUGUGGGCCAAAGGGAAACACAGGAGCUAUCUGAAGGAGUUUCGAGACUACCCGCCUCUCCGCUCGCCCAUUUUGCCCUUUGUUCUGUAGAAGAUGACUUCAGUGCUUCUUGUUUUGUCCUUAAGCUUGUAAUAUUCAGCUCAUGCUUAGCUUCACUUUUUUUGCAUUUACACUGGAAUAAUUCUACCCCCUUUCACUUACUAAUAAUUUAAAUGUGCAAAUAUUGUUCUGCUCAGUAUGGAUCGAUUUCUUAAGUUUUUGCAUAAAACCAGACAACAAAAUACAAAUACCGUCUUUGCUGUUAAAGUAUCUCUACUGCUUAAAAAGCUCUGUCCCAAUAUACAGUUUACAACAAUCUACCUUUAAUUUUGUUGAUUUUUGAUGUAAUUUAUUAAUAAUAAAAGUAAAAACGCA